ACUAUACGAACUGUCAUAAUGUUGAAUCGGAUACCUUGGAGAGUUGCCCUCUGCACGACACUAAUGAUGUCGCGUGGUGCGGCUUCGUACGACAUGGUUCGCGAUUACUCUGGCCUUGACUUUUUCUCCCGUUGGGACUUCUAUGGAUCAUACGAUAACCUGACUCUAGGCGAUGUUUGGUGGUUGGACGAGUCGGACGCCUUCAGUCAGGGCCUUGCUUACACAGAUGACGCCGGGCAUGCUAUUAUCAAGGUUGAUAAUAAGUCGGAUGUUGCCUAUAACGACAAACGGAACUCGGUCCGAAUCACAUCCCAGGAUUUCUACGACGUUGGUUCAUUGUGGAUCCUCGACUUGAACCAUAUUCCAUACGGAUGCUCCGUGUGGCCAGCAUACUGGACGAAGGGACCGACCUGGCCCAAUGACGGCGAAAUUGACAUCAUAGAACAAAUCAACCUUGCGACCUUCAACCAGUAUGCGCUCCAUACGACAUCAGGUUGCGGGCAGGCCCAAGGAUCAUGGCAGAGUGGCACAUCAGGUGUCACGGACUGCUCGCAGUCGAGCGGGUGCACUGUGGGGGAGAACAAGCCGAACAGUUAUAGGGAAGGUUUUUCUGAAGCUGGUGGAGGCGUGUUUGCCACACAGUUCGAUGUUGCGGGCAUCUUUAUAUGGUUUUUCAGCCGACCAGACAUUCCGGCCUCGAUCCUGGGUGCCACGUCCACCUCCGGGAUCGACAUUACCGACUGGGGCACUCCCUCUGCUGCAUAUCCCUCCUCGGGAUGCAACAUCCAAGAGUUCUUCACCUCUCAACAGAUUGUGAUCGACAUCACACUCUGCGGUUCAUGGGCUGGCAUUCCGUCAUUAUACCAGGAAAACUGCGCAAAUGAAGGGUCCACAGGCCUCUGUUACAACGACAACGUGGUGGGCGCUGGCUCUCCAAAAUACGACGAGGCCUACUUCGACAUCAACUACCUGCGCGCCUAUACUACUGGUGGACCUGCUCCCACCCCUUCCGCCAACGGCGCGUUCAUCUACCCACAUGGAAGCACAGUCGUCUCCGCCACUGCGACCGCCACAUCCGCCGCCUCAACGAUGUCUCUCCAGCCCGGCUCGACAGGGUUCGGAAAUCCCUCCAUCAACACCAGCCCACAAGGCGGUAAUACCUCGGAGGGCAGCAGUGGCUCAAGCAACUCCACUAGUACCAGCGGCGCGAAUACAAGUAUGCCGAUGGGAAUGGAGUGGAUGGAUAUGGGUGUGUUUGUGGCGUCGCUGGUGGGUUUGGUAUUGCUUGGAUUUGUGUGGACAUGAUGACACUCUGCUGAACGUUGAUCGUUGGCGGUGAUUUUUUUUCUGCUUGAUUUAUGCUGUGAUACUUGAUACUUUUACGUUGUAUAUCCUUGUUUUUUUUUCGGACUGUUGUGCUUUGUGCUUUGAACUUCGUUUUAGCUUUGAUUGUGGUGUGGAUGGUGGACGGACUUGGACAUGUAGACAGAGGACCUUGCCGCUCGACGCUGCAUAGUACAUAUAGCAGGGAAUGAGAUUGUUCGGA